GUCCUCCCUACAAACCUGACUAUGCAUUUCCAGAGAUCGCCCGCAUGAAUCCCUCUUCCCAGGAGCGAGUGAGCGACGUACCCCGCCCCUCUGCGCGCCCCGUCGGGAGGCAGACAGCACACCCACCAAAGAGAACCCAGCCGAGUCGGUAACGGGAGAAGAUGGCAGAGCGGCAACAACAGAAACACGAAGGCAGGGUAAAAAUCGGCCAUUACAUCCUCGGCGACACGCUCGGAGUGGGCACGUUUGGAAAAGUGAAGAUCGGCGAGCACCAGCUGACAGGUCAUAAAGUGGCAGUGAAGAUAUUAAACAGGCAGAAGAUCCGCAGUCUCGAUGUAGUGGGAAAAAUCAAACGGGAAAUUCAGAACCUCAAGCUCUUCAGACAUCCACAUAUUAUCAAGCUGUACCAGGUGAUCAGCACUCCCACGGACUUCUUCAUGGUGAUGGAGUAUGUCUCUGGAGGUGAACUGUUUGACUACAUCUGCAAACAUGGAAGAGUAGAGGACACAGAAGCGCGUCGCCUGUUUCAGCAGAUCAUCUCAGCCGUAGACUACUGCCACAGACACAUGGUGGUGCACAGAGACCUCAAGCCUGAAAAUGUCCUGCUGGAUGCAAACAAAAAUGCCAAAAUUGCAGACUUUGGUCUGUCCAACAUGAUGUCUGAUGGGGAGUUCUUGAGGACAAGUUGUGGUUCACCCAACUAUGCAGCUCCAGAGGUUAUCUCAGGAAGACUCUACGCCGGCCCGGAGGUGGACAUCUGGAGCUGUGGGGUGAUCCUGUACGCCCUCCUGUGUGGGACCCUACCCUUUGACGAUGAGCACGUCCCCACUCUGUUCAAGAAGAUCCGAGGAGGGGUCUUCUACAUCCCCGAGUACCUGACGCGCUCUGUAGCCUCUCUGCUCAUGCUCAUGCUGCAGGUGGACCCUCUCAAACGAGCCACUAUCAAAGAUAUCAGAGAGCAUGAGUGGUUCAAGCAGGACCUGCCUGGGUACCUGUUCCCUGAGGACCCCUCGUACGACUCCACGGUCCUGGAUGAAGAGGCCGUCAGAGAAGUGUGUGAAAAGUUUGAGUGCACUGAGUCAGAGGUGGUGUCCAGUCUUUACAGUGGAGAUCCUCAGGACCAGCUGGCUGUUGCUUACCAUUUGAUCAUAGACAACCGGCGCAUCAUGACCCAGGCCAGUGAGUUCUACCUGGCCUCUAGUCCUCCACAGGGGUCCUUCAUGGAGGAUGGGAUGCCCCUCCCUCCUGGAGUCAAGCCUCACCCAGAGAGAAUGCCCCCCUUGUUGGCUGACAGCCCUAAAGCGCGCUGCCCCCUGGACGCCCUGAACACGACUCGGCCCAAACCUCUUACAGUGAAGAAGGCCAAAUGGCACCUGGGCAUCAGAAGCCAGAGCAGACCGUACGACAUCAUGGCCGAGGUGUACAGAGCAAUGAAGCAGCUCAACUUUGACUGGAAGGUGGUGAACCCCUAUCACCUGAGAGUGAGGAGGAAAAACCCAGUGACAGGGAACCUGGUGAAAAUGAGUCUGCAGCUGUACCAAGUGGACAACAGGUCUUACCUGCUCGACUUUAAAAGCAUCGAUGAUGACAUCAUGGAGGCAGUGGGCUUUAAGUCGGGCACAUCCACUCCCCAGAGGUCCGGCUCCACAGCUGGUUUGCACAGGCCCAGGCUUAGUAUAGACUCUCUCAGUCCAGCUCUGGAUCUGUCCCAGCUCAGCUCAUCUCUUCCUGGCACUCUGUCCCUGUCCUGCAGUGCCCCCCAGCUCGCCCCCCGACAGGGUUCUCACACCAUGGACUUUUUUGAGAUGUGUGCCAGCCUCAUCACCACUCUGGCCCGCUGAGGCUCUAGACCGAGGCUCUGGGCUGGAGCUCAAGGGCUGUAUCAGCCCAGUUACACUUGUGCUGGCUGUGCUCUGUCUCUACUGUUUUUAAAGUGCACUGUGCAUCCAAAAAGGCAGAGACAGAAGUACAGGGAAUUGAAAGCAUUUAUUCUUAUUCUCGCAAAGUCAUUGGGUCGAGGUAAAGGCCAGAGAUGUUGGAUCUGACUCAGCAGAGAUAAAGUUAACUGUAGCUCCACCCCUCCUUCUCUCUCUCCUGCACACAGCUCCCCACAGCGGAGAGCUGCAGGGCAUCCUGCUGAGGCUGACAAAGGUCAGAUUGACAUCUGUCUUUAUUUUAUUAAGGCACCACGUGUUAGACCUGAUAGUAUAGUAGUGUCAGAGGAACACAAUGCUUUUUAAGUUCAAAUGGUUUCUACUGAAACAGUUUUUGUUAUUCGUGGAUAUUUGUAUUGUGUACUACAUUAUACACAGAUAAAAUACCAAAAAGAGUUUAUAUAUUAUAUAGAUGGUGACUAUCAAAUCUAUUUAUUUUUGAGAGCAGUUAGCUUUGUUUAACAUCUGUUUAGAGAGAAUCAUGAAAAUAUUUUAGAACUGUUAUUUAUGUUUGAGACAAGAUAUAUUGUGCUGUUGAAUGGAGGUAUGGAUAUAGUUUUUCACAUCGCACACACUACUCUUCACAAGCCCUCCCUCGAGAUCAGCCAUUAGUUUAUACAGCAUUAUUAAAAUGUACCACGCACAUGGCUCCUUUCCACUCGAGCUGAGUCCGUUAGACUGACAUGUUGAGUGACUGUUAAUGUGCUGCUUGCUCAUGUGUGCUCCCAGUGUAAUUAAAGAGAAGACGUACGGUGACACGGAGAGGACACACAUGUCACACACCACACGGAGACUGAGGGCUGUAGUCACCAUCACGCCACCAUUUUGUUUUUAAUGCUGUGCAAUAGAAAGGUUACUUAAGGCUAUCAGUGUUGCUGUUUUUCUUACUGUAAUAUUUAUACAAUAUUAUUUAGCAGCACCCUAAAGCUGUAUAGAGAAUAAGCCACAGACACUUUGCUCCAGUUGCCUUAAAGAACAAGUUUGAGAUUGAAUGUGAUGAAGGAGACAAUGAUGUUUGGAGUUUGCCUUUGGAGUUUUCCAUAACAGACUGGGUGCGCACCAUGGCCUUAUAAAAGCAAAUUCAGACCCAGUGAUGAUCUGCUAGUCUGGGCUAAUCAAAUAUUUCUUUUUGUUUAAUUUUUCUCUGUUGAAACACUUCUACUUUUCCUCUUUAUUUCCUCCUAUUGGUCAGUCUUUGUCAUGCUCUAAUUGAGUGACAGGAGGAUUAAAAUAGCAAUAUAAAGUUUUGAAGUGUAAAUUAAUAUUCAUAAAAUUUAAAUCACAAGCUCUAAAAAUUAUAUUUUUUUGCUGUUUUGUCUACUCCUAAGACUAGUUACUGUAAUGUUAAGCCCCGUUACUGGAUCAUUUAAAAGAGUUGCCAAGUUGACAGAAAAGCUAUGAAAAAAGCAAAGGUUAAUAAUAAAUAAAUUAUUAAUUUGUUGUGUGCAAGGGCUGUUAUGAGCAGUUUACGGAUCUACUACUUAUAUUUGUAGCCCUAUGUGAUGACUGCCAUGUCUUUACCAGUCUCUUACUCUUUGGUAGCAGAGCCAGCUGGUGUGGUGUUGUUGAGAUAAUACUUUUUGUCAGUCUUUUGUGCUUGAAUCUAAAGAGAGCUGAAGAUCACUGGACUGUUGCCUUGUGCUGUUCUUUGUCAAACACAGAGUAUAGACUAGUUUUGGACCUGCUGACAGACUAUCGUUACAACUGAAGGAGCAGCUAAGAAGUUAUGCAAGAUUGAAUAGAUACUGUGUUGUGCAGAAUACAAAGCAUUUUGAAACAGUUUGAAAAGAACGGAUGAGAGAUUUUGUCUUGAGAAACAGGACAUAGUGUGUAAAUUAUUUUAAAUUCUGAUGUGGAUUUUAUUGAUUUUUUUCUGACAAUGUUUUAUAUUUGUCUUGUGUUUUUAUAUAUUUAACACAGAUCAAUUUGUAAGAGAAAAGAACUAAAUAUUUUAUGGACCUACAGGAGUUAAACCUUGGUUAAAAGUGUAAGACUGUUGUGACUUAUAUAUUUCUGAGUGGACAGAGUUUGCCUUAAAAAGCAUUUUGAAGGAUCUUGGUUUGGUUGAUUGUUUGGUUGCUUUGCGUGAAUCCCUUUAUUUGUUGUAAUGACAGGCUAUUAUAUGUAACAGUACAAUUACUUUUAGUACCUCCAUAAUGCAGGUCAGGGCCAUACAUCUACAGUGGUUUAGUGCAAUAUUUAAAUCAUGUCUUUGGCUGCCGUCGCUAUUGAAGACCUAACAUUACAUCAAGAUGAAUUCAAAAAGAGUGAAAAUUAAAAAUGGUGUAUGUUCAUGUACUUAGAUGUACUUUCUAAACAGGAUAUGAGAUGAAAGAUGUAAUGGUAAAUAAUCAGUGUUAUUUCCUUUUACAUUCAAUAUAAUAAAGUUUUAAAGGGCCUAUAUUAUGCAAAAUGAUCUCUUGUGAGCUCAAAGCCAUGUUAGAAUGUUGUUACCUCAUCAAAUAUAACAAAACACAACUCCGAGUAUGUUAUCAAUGAGGAAACAACAUUAUAACAUAGAUCAGAAAAUAGCAUAAUAAAGACCCUUUAAAAAGUUUUAAGAAAUUAUGUUCACAAACAUGACAGUUGCAGCUAAUUCCAGCAUCGUAUAAAAAAUUGUAAUUGUAAAUUUGGAUAAGGCACCAGUUUACUGUCACAUUCAUACUGAGCACACACAAGUCCUAAAUGCAAUGUGAAAUAUCAAAAGGUUCUGCUUAGGGUUCAAAUAAACUCACCAGUGUUCAUCUCUGUUGUACUGUAUAAAUAUAAAACAUAAUAUGCAACUUGGAGUGGCAUGUGUGUCGUAUCAGUGCCACAAA